AUGCACGGAAGCUCGUCGUCAAGCCAACAUGCCCAAUCCACUGCUCAUCUAUCAUUGACCGCUCGAUCACAACCUCCUAUUCGUCAACACAUGUCUCCUGCGCUUUCCGAAUCAAGGACACCUAGCGACAUUAUGCGGCUACACAAGACAGCUUUCAACCGUAUCAAUGGCAACGACCGAUCCAGGGCUCGCGUCUCCACUACCAAAUUGAAGCACAUGUUUGUGAAUAACCGUGAGCGUGAAGAGCUCAUGUCCGCAUGCUCCAUUGGCGAUGUUGAUAAAGUCAACCAUAUACUCACAUACACAAAACCCAAUGUGAAUCCGGAUCUGGUGCGUGAUUCCAAAUUGAGGACUCCUUUAUUGGUUGCUUGUGCAGGUGGCAAGGCAGAUGUUGUACGGCUUCUUAUCCGCUGGGGGGCUGAUGUGAACAAUCCAAUGGGUGAUAUUAUUGGCAACAAACCUCUUGAUUUGGCUGUGAUAUCAAGCAAUGUCGAUACCGUUCUUGCUGUUCUUGAAGCUGGUGCCAAAGUGAUGCGACCAGGGCUAUCUUCUUCCAGCGAUGAUCAACUUCCAGGCUCUCUACGACAGCGACAAACAAGAUCCCCCUUACGACUUGCCGAAUCUAGACUAGACUUGCUCAUUGCAAAACGACAAGAACAAGGUUCAUCCAUGGUAGAAGAGGGGAAACAGGAUAAGAAUAUGGAUCAAAUCGUUCAAAUCAUCAAGUUGCUAAAGUACUUUUCCCCAUCAUCCACCAACCCAAGCGAUGACUCCAAGGAUACCGUUGCCAAUGAGCUAGAUGAGCUUACAUCCAAACUUUCAAGCAUUGCCCUGAAUUCCACUGCCGAGAAGCCCGCCGACGAUUUGGAAAUCAUGAUGGGAUUACGAGACGUUAUUACCAAGCUCCAUAUAUAG